ACAGUCACAAAAGGCACAAUGACCAUGGUGAAAUAUGGUACGUUGUUGAUACUAGGCGCAUUUGUGUGCAUUUCGUACGCAAGUACGUCAUGCAUCGGUUAUAAGGGCAAAGAGCCAUGUAGGGGCCGCAACCGACUCCCUAGAGUUGAACGAUCAAUAUUGCCAUGUACUGAGAAACUAGACGAGAUAUGCGGUUCAGAUGGCGUCACGUACAGAAACAAGUGCUACUACCAUCAAGCAGCUAGCACUGGCAGAAUCCACAUCAAGCAUCGCGGACCAUGUGACAACUCAGUGAUAAGGAAACCACGCGACGUUCGCAGAAACCAAAGCAAUCCAAGAGAACCGAAAUUAAAUUGUGCGUGCACACGAGAACUAAACGAAAUGUGCGGGACUGAUGGGUUUACCUACUCCAAUCCUUGUUUAUUAAGAUGUGCAAUUAAAACUUUUCAUGACGUGGAAUUAAGUCAUAAAGGCCGAUGCAGUGACCACUCUAAAGUAGCAAGAAAACCACGUCACGUACGAAAUCAAAUUAAUACCGAAAUAAGGAAUCCAAGAGAACCGAAAUUAAAUUGUGCGUGCACACGAGAACUGAACGAAAUGUGCGGGACUGAUGGGUUUACCUACUCCAAUCCUUGUUUAUUAAGAUGUGCAAUUAAAACUUUUCAUGACGUGGAAUUAAGUCAUAAAGGCCGAUGCAGUGACCACUCUAAAGUAGCAAGAAAACCACGUCACGUACGAAAUCAAAUUAAUACCGAAAUAAGGAAUCCAAGAGAACCGAAAUUAAAUUGUGCGUGCACACGAGAACUGAACGAAAUGUGCGGGACUGAUGGGUUUACCUACUCCAAUCCUUGUUUAUUAAGAUGUGCAAUUAAAACUUUUCAUGACGUGGAACUACGUCAUAGCGGAUCAUGUGAUAACGAUAAGGACAGAUUCGGGAGGCCGAUAGUAAGAAAAGCGAGGGAUGUGCAGCCAAAUGAAGAUUAGAAAAAUUACAAUACAAAACAAUAUUAUUGCGCAUAUAAAUACAACACUAGAAACAAUUACAAAAGUGACAAGAGAAGUACAGUUGCUCAAUUACAUAUAAGAAGUAUAGGUAUUUAUUAAUGACUUUUGUUCUAAUUAAUUUAAAUUAUAUUUUUUGUUAUCAUG